AUGCAUCAGAGGAAUCAGCGUUAUGGACAUACUGUGGCCACCUCUGAAUAUUACAAAAACGCUAUAAAAUAUUUUAAAAACAAAUUUAAAAAUAAUUUGUUAAUAUUUUUGGUUAUUUCUGAUAAUAUGUCUUGGGCAAAAAGAAAUAUUGGAGGGAUCGAAGGAAGCAACAAAAGAAUAUUUAUCAAAUACUUAGAUAGCGGUUAUAGAGAGCUUGAUAUGGCUGUGUUAUCUAAAUGUAAUCAUUUAAUAAUCUCUACUGGAACUUUUAGUUGGUGGAGUGCGUAUCUGUUACAGACAAUGAAGAAUGAUUCAAAAAUUAUUUAUUUUGGUGAUUGGCCAAGGAAAGGGUCUUUGUUGGAAAGGAUAGUUAAAAAACGAGAUUAUUUUUUACCUUCAUGGAUCUCAAUGAAAUAA